GGAUCCAAGAGCGGACACAGUAGGCAGGGUCGUCCGCGGCAUCGGCGGGGUUCGCAGUCGCGGCAGCUCUUCUCGACCGAAAAUAACUCCGCGAUCGAGCGUCACUCGCCGGCAGUCGGGAAGGCGAGCCUAGGUGCUGCCAGUAGUCAGUGCGGCGAUGUCGACGACGAACGACGCUUCGAGGGGGCAGCAGCACCAGCGCCGGCGAUGCUGCGUCGCCCUGCUGCUGCUCCUGCUGACGUUGCUCGGUGCCGGGCCGUCGGGGCCGGCGGCGGUGGCCGGGGCCCGUGCCCCCGUCUCCGCGAAGGAGUCCAGCACGACGUACAAGGAACAGCACUCGUCCAGCCACGGCAAGCCCAAAGACGAGCCCGUCAUCGAGGAAGUUACCAGCAAGCAACUCGAGCGGCUACUCAAGGAGAAGGACUUUGUCGCCGUUUACUGGUAUGCUAGGAGCUGUACAACAUGUGACAAGGUAUUGGCAGAACUAGAAAAAAUUGAUGAUGACACAGACACAUUUGGCGUGGACUUUGUUAAAAUUAACGAUAAACGAUUGGCAAAACAAUAUGGCAUCAAGACCUUCCCCGCCCUCACAUACUUCCGAGAAAAAGAACCAAUUAUUUAUGAAGGUGACUUGAUGGACGAGGAAAAUGUGUUGGAGUUCCUAACAAGUUUGGAAGCGAUGGACUUGCCCGACCGAAUCGAAGAAGUUAACGCAAAGAUCCUCCAAAAGAUCAUCGAAGAUACGGAUUUUGUUGCCGUUCUCUUCUGUCCGGAAUCGCAGAGAUGCGCUGGCACCGACUUUAACAAACCAGAUUGUAAAAAGUGCGCUAGAGCUCUCCAGGAGCUGGAGAACAUCGACGACGAAGCCGAUCAGCUUGGCAUCGGAUUUGUCAAGAUUGCCGACGAACGACUCGCCGAGGAGUACAAUCUCGGACCACUUCCCGUUCUGGUGUACUAUAGACAUCAAAUUCCCAUUGUUUAUGAGCACGAAUUGAGUAAAGAAGAAGACGUUCUUGAAUGGUUGGUAGCAAAUAAAAGUACAGGCGACGAAGAAGAUGUUAUUGAGGAUGUAACAGCGAAGACACUCAAUACCCUGAUCGGCAACAUUGACAAUCUGGUUGUUCUCUUCUAUGAUCAUGGGGAUGAGGAUUCGAUGCAAGUACUUACAGAAUUGGAAAAAAUAGACGACGACUGUGAUAAACAUGGAAUUCAAUUUGUUAAAAUUGAUGACCACAAGGCUGCUAAGGAGUUCGGCAUUGAUUCUAUUCCUUCGAUUGUCUACUUUGAAAAGCAACUUCCAAAUGUGUAUGACGGAGAUCUGGAAAAUGAAGAUGAAAUAUUAGAAUGGUUACUUUCACAAUUAGAAAAGGAUGAAAUUGAAGACGUUACUGACGAAAUGUUAGAUCGUCUAGUUAAAGAGGGGAAAACACUUGCUGUACUUUUCUAUGACAAUAAUGACCGCAAAUCACAACGAAUUUUGAACGAGUUGGAAAAUAUCGAUGAUGAAUGCGACACAAUGGGGGUAAUUUUUGUAAAGAUCGAUAAUUCGGAUGAAGCGAAGGAAUAUGGAAUCGAGAAAAUACCAAGUUUAUUAUAUUUCGAAAAAGGUAUUCCAACACUUUAUGAAGGAAACCUUGAAGAUGAAGAGAAGGUACUUAAAUGGCUAGAAUACCAGCAACAAAGUGAUCACAUAGAAGAUAUCACGGACGAGAUGCUAGAUAUGGUCAUCGAUAAAAUGCCCCACGUCGCUGUUUUAUUCUAUGAUAAAGAUCAAAAGAAGAGUAUGAAAAUUUUAGCUGAACUAGAGAAUAUUGACGAUGACUGCGACGAGCAUAACAUUGCUUUUGUUAAAAUCGACGAUGCCGAUGAAGCUAAAGAAUACGGAAUCGAUGAAUUUCCAACAUUAGUAUUAUUUGAAAAAAAAAUACCUCACGUUUAUGAAGGUGACCUUAUGAACGAAGAUCAGCUACUGGGUUGGCUUAUACAUCAAAAAAAACAUAGCGAGAUUCCUGAAGUUACGGAUGAAAUGAUGGAAAAACUUAUCGAAACAACACCGUACUUGGCAGUAUUGUUCUAUGAUAAAGACGAUAAACAAGACAUGCGAAUUUUGAAUGAAUUGGAGAAUAUAGACGACGACUUAGAGAAAGAAGGUAUUGUCAUAAUUCGUAUGGACAAUGAUGCUGAAGCGAAAGAAUAUGGGAUAGAUCAUCUUCCAACUCUCGUUUAUUUCGAGGAUAAGAUACCAGCACUCUAUGAAGGGGAUCUCCUUAAUGAGGAUGAAGUACUCAAAUGGCUUAUCGAGCAAAAAAAUACUGCUACAAUAGAAGAAGUUACGGAUGAAAUUCUUACUGACCUCAUCGAUGAACACGAAUACGUUGUUGUAUACUUUACUGGAAAUUGCGAUGAUGGCGAUGACUGUGAAAAGGUCUUGAACGAAUUGGAAAACAUUGACGAUGAACUAGAUGAGACGGGUAUUGUUUUCGUCACGACAGAAGAUACAAACGUUGCAAAAAAAUACGGAAUAAAGAAUUUGCCAGCUUUAGCAUUCUUCCGUAAUAAAGAGCCACUUCUUUAUAAAGGUGAUAUCGAAGAUGAAGAUGAAGUACUUUCUUGGCUCACGGAUGAAAAUACUCUGGAAAUUCCUGGAAAAAUUGAGGAAGUUAAUGCAAAAAUGUUGGAAAAUAUUCUCGACGAAAAUGAUUACGUUGUUGUUUUCUUUUAUAAAGAAGGUGAUAAAAAAAGUCAGAAAAUUCUUCAAGAGCUCGAAAACAUUGAUGAAGAAUGUGAAGAAAAAGACAUUGACUUUGUCAAAAUUUCGGAUGAAGGCAUUGAUAAAGAAUACGAUCUUUCCAAUUUGCCCGCUUUAGCUUUCUAUAGACACAAGUUCCGACAAAUAUAUACGGGUGAUUUAAUGCACGAAGAGGAUAUUUUAGAUUGGGUUCUCAAUUUGCGCACGUCGACACCUGACAUCAUCGAAAAUGUUGAUCGAAAAACCUUACAAGUUCUUAUUAACGAUGUCGAACAUCUCGCUGUAUUUUUCUAUGAUGAUGAUUGUGAAUCUUGUAAAGAGAUUCUGGAAGAGCUCGAGACAAUUGAUGACGACACUGAUAAACAUGGCAUUCAGUUUGUUAAAUCGAAAGAUGCUAAACUUGCAGCAGAAAUUGGUAUAUUCUCAUUUCCAGCUCUAGUAUAUUACGAAACUGGAGUACCCAUCAUGUACGACGGUAAUCUUCUCGACGAGGCAGAAGUUUUGGACUGGAUGGUGAAGCAGAAAAAUGACGCAAGUAUCGAGGAGAUUGAUCGCGAUACUCUCGCCAAAUACAUCGAAACAAAGGAAUUCCUCGCCGUUAUUUUUUAUAAAGAAGAAGAUCCAGAGUGUCCGCGAAUUCUGCGUCAUAUCGAACUAAUCGAUGACGAAGCAAUCGAAUAUGGAAUAAAAAUCGUAAAGAUGAGCGAUCGAUUGAUGGCCAAAAAGUAUGGAUUCCGCGAUCCACCGGGUAUAACGUAUUUCCGUAAGGGCAAGUACAUUAAUUACGAUGGUGAUAUCGAUGAUGAGGAGGAAAUACUCGAUUGGUUAACAAAUCCUGAAAAUAUGGAACUUAACGAUCACAUUGAAAGAGUUAAUAAGAAGAUGUUUCAAAAAAUUAGACAGAACUCUGAUUAUGUUGCUGUAUUUUUCUACAGCAACGACUGUAAACAAUGCAGCCGUGUGUUGGGUGAAAUUGAGCUGAUAGACGACGAAGCUGAUGCUGCUGGAAUAAACUUCGUGAAAAUUGAUGAUAAACAAUUAGCCAAGGAAUAUGGAGUUUUUGCAUUACCGGGAAUUCUUUUUUUCAAAUUAGGCUCAAAAGAACCCGUUAUUUAUGCAGGUGAUCUUUAUGACGAACAACAAAUCUUGCAGUGGCUAAUGACGCAAAAAGAUCCAUCCGGCGAAGUGAUAGAAGCUUUGGAUGGCGAAGAAUUACUAAAUUUAAUUCGCGAAUCAGAAUCUCUGGCUGUUUAUUUCUAUAGUGACGAUUGCGAGCAUUGCGCUAGUAUUCUUGAAGAAUUAGAAAAUAUUGAUGAUGAUUGCGAUAGACAUGGAAUCACAUUUGUAAAAACUCAAGAUUUUAAAGUGGCGGAAGAUUAUGGAGUUACGGAUUUUCCCGUUUUAGUUUAUUACGAACAUCAAAUACCAAAUGUAUUUGAAGGGAAUCUUGCAGAGGAAGAAGAAGUAUUACAAUGGUUAAUUACGCAAAAAACAGAGGAUCGCAUCGAGUUAAUAACUCGAACUAUGCUCGAGUCCUUCGUUGAAGACACGCAAUAUUUGGCUGUUUAUUUCUAUAAACAAAAUUGCUUUAUAUGCGAUGAGAUUCUUGAAGGAUUGGAAAAAAUUGACGAUGAGUGCGAUGUUUUUGGAAUUCAUUUGGUUAAAAUUCAAGAUCCCCAAUUAGCCAAACGAUAUUCCAUUAAAACUUUUCCGGCUCUCGUCUACUUUAGAAAUGGCAAUCCUUUGUUAUUUGAAGGUGAUUUACAAAAUGAAGAGUCGGUACUUGAAUGGUUAAUAGACGAUGAUAAUCGCGAAUUAGCCGAUGAAAUUGAAGCCGUUAACUGUAGAAUGUUAGAAAGACUUUUGGAAGAAUCGCCUUUUCUCGCUGUCUUUUUCUAUGAUGAAGAUUGUCCAGAGUGUGAUGAGAUUUUAGAAGCGUUGGAAAAAAUUGAUGGAGAAGCUGAUUUAUUUGGAAUUGAUUUUGUCAAAGUGUCAGCACCUGAAGCCGCUGAAAAAUAUGGCAUACUUAACGUUCCAUCGCUAGUUUACUUCCGGAAAAAGACACCUUUGAUUUAUGAUGGCGAUCUCACACAAGAAGAGAAAAUUUUGCAUUGGCUUACCUCGCAAGAUGUCUUUGAAAUCAAAAAUGAAAUAGAAGAAGUUAACAAAAAGAUGCUGGAUAAAUUACUCGAUGAAAAUGAAUAUUUAGCUGUAUUCUUUUAUGAGCAUGGUACUAAAGAAAGCGGUGAAGUGAAUGAAAAAUUAGAAAACAUUGAUAGCGAAACGGAUAAUCUGGACAUUAUAUUUGUUAAGAUGGCAGAUCCGCGAUAUGCGAGAAAAUGGGGUGUCACCAAACUUCCUGCGAUAGUUUACUUCCGUAAACGUUUCCCCAGUAUAUAUAGAGGUGAUAUGAAAAACGAAGAUGACGUACUGGAGUGGUUACGCAAAAACCGUUUUCGGCAGCCAGAACUCAACAUCUACAUGUACAUGCUGAUAGCUGUAGCCAUUCUCUUUGCCAUGUACACGGGCUUUUUACUGUCUUGCUUCCGGUCGGAACCACCACCACCCGUUACCCACCCCAAGCAGGCCUGAAACUAAGGCCAAUGAUCCACCUCGAAUCUCAAGCUCCGGCUAAUAUCUACUUUGUGGCCAAUAAUGCACAUACAUGCCAGAGCCUCCACACACUAGGCGAACAAUUCUCAUCUGUACAUUUUUCUGUCUAUAUAUACUUGAUGUGCCUAGCAGAUUCGAAAGCUCAUUUUAGCUCGAAUGCAAAUCCAAUAGAGGCUGACGCUCGCGAAUUGCACCAACUUUAUCCGCUACUCGUGCAACUGAUUAUAUAUAUAUAUAUAU